AUGGAACCCAAUUGUUCUUGGUCUUUCGGACGAAUUGGCGGAUCCAGCGCAAAAACUACUGGAACCCAACACCAACCCAGAGGUAAGCGUCCCCUGCUAAUUCCAGAUUUUGUCAGUUCCCUCCCAGUGGUUCUGGAAGAGGACCGGGAGACCGUGCUUGGCGCUUCUGGUGGCACUCAAAUCAUAUUAAAGACCAGCCCUGAGAAAAAGCCCCUGCUCAACAACAUCACCUUUCCACAAUGGUCAGCAGCAAACUUCAGGAUCAUGCACGCACUUGUCAAAGAAGGUGCCUUGUCAACUAUGUCAGACAUUAUGAAUUACAUAUCAUAUAGUACCAAAGUCUCAGAGCUGGCCAAGACUUACCCGCUAGCCCGUGUCGUCCACUAUGAUGACCUUUAUCGACGAAUGCAAUUCGCCACUGGUUGUAAAUGGGGUACAGAGAGUCAGUUUAUCUACCAGCAAUCCCUCCACAAGCCUGACACCAACCAGCCUGGCUCAACCAAACAAACAAACCGUCCUCCAGGUAGAUCAACACCAACUAUCGACCCAACCACGGGCAAGCAGGUGUGCUAUGACUUCCAACGACGACAAGGCUGCAGCUAUGGCACAGCUUGCAAGUAUGACCAUGUUUGUAUAAAGCCAUAGUGUUUGGGGGAUCACCCCCAAUGGAAGCACACAGCCACUCACUACCCCCAAGCCUGAACACACACUCGCCUGCAGAGCUAUUUCUCAAUUCUUUCGUGGAGCCACUUGCAGGGGAUAGCUCGACCGCAUCACCUAUAGCAGGGAAAUACCCAUACGUUAGUUUAGAAACAGCAGAGUGUGUUGCUGACUCCAACCAAUCAGCAGGGCCCUCAUGUUAUGCGCAGCAGCCCGAUGCAGCCUGUAUUUCCACAGACUUAAAAUAUGAGAUAUGGGCAAAGGAACUAGCUAAUGAUUUGGACAGAGACUUUAUUCUCAAUGGUGUACGAGAAGGGUUUGACUUGAUUCCGCGAGAUACUACUGUUUUACCAGCUUUCACAAAGAACAACAGAUCGGCGCUUAGUCCAGGGGCCAAAGAGCAGAUUGAAGAGCAACUAUGUAAGGGCCUCUCACUAGGCCAUUUUGGAUCUUCAAACACACCCCCCAUCAUUGUUAAUGCUAUUGGAGCUGUACCCAAAAGGGACUCUUCAGAGUUGAGACUGAUUAUGGAUUGCAGUCGACCGCUUGCAUUGAGUGCAAACUCCUACAUGGACCUUGACCACUACAAAUAUACUACAGUUGAUGAGGCAGCAUGCAAAGCCAAACCAGGUUUUUGGUUGGCCAAGAUUGAUUUAAAACAUGCUUAUCGCAGUGUUGGUACUCACCCCAGCAGCUGGAAAGUCACUGGCAUGUCUUGGCUUUUUCAAGGUACUACCGACAUCACUUUCCUGUUUGAUAAACGCCUUCCCUUUGGUGCUCGAACCUCUCCUAUGGUUUUCCACCGCCUUACCCAAUCAGUUUGUAGAAUGAUGGCCCGACGAGGUUUCACAGUGCUUGCUUAUUUGGAUGAUUUCCUCACCAUAGAACCCAGUCAGCAGCAGUGUCAAAUCGCUGUGGACACCCUCCUCGAUUUGCUUCAGUCACUUGGUUUCACAAUAAACUGGUCAAAGGUUGUUCAACCCAGCCAAUCCCUGUGAUUUCUGGGAGUCGAAAUGGAUACAGUGAAUCGUGUACUACGGCUCCCCAGGGUCCGCGUCUCUGAGCUAUUAGGCAUUUUGAACUUAACCUUAACCAAGCGCAAGUGCCAAAAACAUCACCUUCAACGCCUUGUUGGAAAACUAAGCUGGGCUGCUCGGGUCGUCAGAGGGGGCCGGACCUUUUUGAGACGCUUGAUUACUGUAAUGAACUCUGCAAAACAUCGUCACCAUCAUGUUUACCUUAAUACCCAGGCAAGAGCAGACCUCCAUUGAUGGGCAUCCCUUCUUCCUGUUUUCAACUGCAGAUCCCUAUUCCCCAACGAGCUACCUAUGACAUCUGCGCUAGCCUAUACUGAUGCUUCCCCUGCAGGUGGUGGCUGUUGUUGGCACAAUGACUGGCUAUACGUUAACUGGGCACUAGAUUUCCCGAAUAUCUGCCCCCUGCAUAUCAACUACAAAGAAACCUUCAUGGUUCUCCAGGCAACCAAAUGAUGGGCCCCAUCCUGGUCAGGACAAAGGGUUGUAGUCAAGUCAGAUAGUGAAGUUGCUGCAGCAAUUGUAAGCAAAGGAACCACCCCCUGCCCUGUCAUGAUGGAUUGGCUCCGAGAGCUCUUCUGGUUGUCAGAGUACUAUGCUAUCCAACUAACUGUUGAGCACAUCCCUGGCUCAGCCAAUGUUAUUGCCGACAGUAUCUCUAGACUUGAUGAAACAUGCCACCGACACGCACUUCACGGAUGGCUCUCACGGUCCUCUUCCUCUACUGAAGACUUUUUGUCUCACAUGUCACCUUUGUCGCUUGCUUUCCUCAGAUCCAGACGAUCAGUCACGAUUGGACAUGGAGGUUCUUAAGUUUCGAAAACAAGCCUAUGCAACUUCCACCAAGGCUGCUUACAAAAGUCAACUGCGAGCCUAUCUUACCUUUUGCGUAUAUUAUGGGCACCAGCCACUUCCAGCGUCUACCAUCACACUUAGCCGCUACGCAGCCUUCUUGGCACGCUCUUUGUCUGCUUCCUCUAUUCCAGCUUAUCUUAACAUUGGUCGUAUUCUCCAUUUGGAACAUGGCCUGGAAGACCCUACCAAGAAUAACUUCCACUUAGUAAUAACCUUGCGUGGUAUACGUCGCUGCAAAGGCUGCACAGUCUCACAGAAACAACCCAUGACCCCUGCAAUGCUUUUGGCUAUCAAGUCACAUUUGAACUUGACAGACCCAGUCCAUGCCACCUUUUGGGCUGUC